AUGAGCUACUUGGCUGCAAUGUCAAUCAGAAAUUCGGGGCCUCGAGUCAUUCGCCCGACAUCUUCCCAAUUGGUGGCCACAAAUACCUCAGAACGGAGUAUAUGGCGAUGUGCACGAAACGCCCAUGGAGACAGAGCAGACCGUAUCUCACGAAAUUUCGACAAAUAUCGGCGAUACCUUCUAUACCACCGGCGAAAGCCCGAAAUUCGCCAUGACAGUAAUCCUACCCCCAACGAUACACACUCAAGCUGGAGCCGGACAGCUUGGCUUUCUCAGUCAAGUUCCUCUAACCUCCUGGGUGAACGAGAGAGCAGACUCUGGGAUUCGGAUUCGGGGCAGAUGCACGAACGAAUAGAGUUUCUGAGAAAAUAUAUAGAAGCAGACCCUUACAGAGCUGUGUUUGGGCGCCGAUUUGACCCCUUUGAGAAGUUCGACAAGUUCGACAAGAACGACACUUUGUUGGAGAGUUUUCUUCAGUCUCUCCCUAGUAUGAAAAGAUCCCCCAAUGUUAGACCGAGAAUAGACAAACGACAAACGAAAAGUGAGGACAAUCAUGUUGGACUCCAGUACGACCCUAUCAGUGGACACAUGGUGCCAAUAACAUCAUUCAUUGCACCCAAAUUCAGCAACGCAGAACCAGAAAUCAACUCUCAUAAAGUGGUUAACUACCCCCCAGGCAAUGAAGUCAAGGCAAAAUUCGCCUACAGCCCCAGUUUGGCCGAAGAUGGACAACUUCAGCCUGAAAACAAGGGAUUGACUCCCCAAGCACACUUGAUCUCACAACCAACAGUUGAUUGUCCUCCAGGCAGUGAACUUGAUGGACUCUUUACCUCUACUUCCAAAUCUCAGGAUGCACAGGGCAGGGCCCAGGCUCCUCAGGAGACCGAACGAAGGCCUUAUGUAAACAUCGAUUACUCUCCUGGAAGUGAAUUGGAAACUUUGUUUGUUUCUGAAUCUAUUCCUUCUGUGCAGCCUCAGCCGGACACAUUCAAUCUCAGCGGAAACACCAAUAAACCGAACUUGGAUGCCGGGUUGACUGUAGGCGACAACGUGGAAUGCUCUCCAGGAAGUGAGCUAGAGGCCAAGUUCAUAUCUGAUCCCGCCAGCCGCUCUGCCAAUAGUUACCUGUCUGGGUUGGAGACACAAACCCCGAAUAAGCAAAUAAGCAUCUCAAUUGAUUGCUCACCAGGAAAUGAGCUAGAUGCAAGGCUUUCUUCUGAGCUUACUAGUCUCAGUCUUGAAUCCAGCGAUCCUGUUCAUCUAACGACCACCACAACCGCCAUGAUGGGCACUCAAGAAAGCGUUGAGUGCUCUCCAGGUAGUGAAAUUCAAAGUGAGAUUCAAGCACAGAUUCUAUCAGAGUCGAUUAGCCAGAACAGUACCCAAUCAGGAGCCCAGACCUCUUUUGAUUGUCCUCCUGGGAGCGAACUGGAGGCCAUAUUUGUCUGCAGCCCAGCUUCGAUUGAGGAAAAGCAAUUACAGCCAGAAGUACCUGCCAGCCUUGAUACAUUUAAGAUAGCUAAUAGUGUUGUCGACUGUACACCCGGAAAUGAACUAGAGGUGAAACUCAUUUCUGAGAUGGCUAGUACCAAGGGUCCCAAUUACAACGAGGACCCGGGCGUCUUAGAUAAUAGGGACAUUCGAUUUUGUUACACUCCUUUGGAAUCAAAGUUGCAAGCAAAUCCGCUGGAUUUCGAUGCUUCCAAAGGCCGCAUUGGUGACUUUAUUCCCCAAAGCCAAAACUUGGCCACUGAAAAAGAAGAACAACAAGUACCCUCCCAAAAGAGUUCCCCCAAAUUCCAUAUUUUUGCUUUAGAUGUGUCGACAUCUCAAGUCACGACCGCACAAGCAGAUUCAUUCUUCGGUAUCGACGAAGAUAGUAGGCCAAGUGAAAUUCUUUCUCGACUGCACAACCCUGCCAAAUUCCUGCCCUAUUUUGAGAAAAUGCAAGAAGGCGGGUAUAAAAUUGCAACUGGAGGGGGAAACAUUCUUGUCUUCCGAAAGUCUCAAAGCACCCAUCAUCACCCCCUCUCAAAUGCUGCAACAGACCAACAAUUAGCAAUUCAGGCCAAGAUUGCCAAACAUCUUCGCCACGACCCAAUGGAAACUGCCGCUAUAUACGCCGGGACUCCCUGGCAACCCACCACUGAGCCUCCAUCAGAACCCAGUUCCCCUAGCUCCGAGCCCGAACCAACCACAAACUCCGAGUCUUCGGUUCGUAAAGCAGGCCGCAGAAUUCUUAUUGCAGGUACAGCUACUGUAGUGACGUGUUAUACUAUCGGGGUCAUGACCGAGUUCUUCCGCACCGGCGGAAAGGAUGGGCGUGGGAUUGAUGGGUUCACUGUUUUUGAGUCAGAUCGACGUCGAGAAUAG